AUGAUCAUCCAAAACGAAGAAGACAUGCACGAUAAAGCUCAGGCUCCCAAUCUGACUGUCAUACAACGACAUGAGGAAGCACCACCACCCCAAUAUGAAGAAUACGAAUUCUCAACAUAUCGACCGAAUCGCACAACAGGCACUAGUUCUGCACCUCGAUGGUCCACUAGCUCGUCUUCAUUUUCAUCCUCAACUCCAGGUCCAGUUCCAGCGGACAGCAGAGCCGUCAACUACAUCUCCAUAAACAAACCCCUUGGCUCAAUCGACUGUACAUACCUCCUGGAUCCCACCAUCCACAUCCCUUCCUCCCUUCUCCCCAAGUUAGAACCAGGCCAGACCGAAGAUGACCGCAAGAAUCUCAGUUUAAAAACCAAAUUGGGAACGAUAGUAGCCAACAUCCACCUGCUUCAUCGCGAGGGGUCGGUUUCGACUACCAAAAGGACGACGUUGGAGUGUAAGACGACUCUGGGUACAAUGGUGGUGAAAAUUGAUGCAACACCAUCUAAAACCCGACCCCCAUUCCAUCUAAAAGCUCAAACCCAAUCCGGAACCAUCGACCUCCAGCUCCCCCGAAGUUUUCGCGGUUUUCUAACCAUCACAACCACCAUCGGAACUGUCACACUCUCACCUGAAGUUCACCAAGCCAAUCGAUGGAUCCACACCGGGUCCGCAGGAAGAGUCAGAAGAGGGUUUUUAGGCGACUCUUCUUCUUUGGAUGAUGUAGGGCUGGCUUCGGGUUCGUGGAAUGGGGAUGAAGUUGUGAUUGAGACGGCGAUGGGGAGUGUCGAUGUCAGUUUUGUUGGUGGUAUUCCUAGCGGGGCUUAUGGGUUUUCGGGUAUCCCUCCGAGGACGACUACGUCGUCGUCGUGGCACUCAUCGUCGUAUUCGUCGUCAUCGUCAUCGUGGUCGUGGUCGACGUCGUACCGUGGCGGAGCGUCAGCUUCCUCUCCUCAGGGUUUUCCUCCCUCUUCUGGUGCCGGAGCUCAGACUGGUAGUUCGACUGGACCUCCUCCUUUAGCGGCACUUUUGGGCUAUCGUGACCAUAAGUAA